AUGAGUCGAUUAAGAAAAUCAAAAGAUACUUGCGAAGAGAUCAAAAAAUUAUAUGAAGCAAGAGCCAAUAUUGAGCAAGACUAUGGAGAGAGACUUUUAAAGCUUGCACAACAUUCGAGAGUGGGAGAAUUUGAAGAAGAUACUUUUGCAGAGACUUUAUUACGUAUCCCUUCAACUUUGGAAGCUACAGCUCGUGCUCAUAUCGAUCUAGCUCAACAACUGAAAGAUCACCUUGAGGCACCGUUAGACGGUUUCCUGAAAGACCAAAGAGAUAUCCGUAAAAUGCAACAGCAAUACUUGGAGAACUCAAGGCAACUCAAGAACCUACACGAAGCUGAUGUCGCACGAGCAAGAGACUAUUACUCCAUCGAAUGCGAAAAACUGAAUUCAAUGUUAAAAAGCUACAGUCUACUUUCCAUUGAUGGCUCAAAUGAUGACUUGACAAAGAUUGAAAAGGAAAUUGAUGAACAACGAAGAAUGGUAACCGUUGCUGAUCAAGUAUAUCGAAGAUCUGUUGACAAUUAUAAUUCCGUAAUUGAAAAAUGGGUGCAUGAUUGGACUUCCAGUGCUGACAAGUUUCAGGAAAUGGAAGUGAAGCGUAUCAGCUAUUUGAGAAGUACUUUAUGGUCGUUUUCAAAUAUGAUGACUAGUACCUUUAGUAUCGAUGAGGAGUGCUGUGACCGAAUUCGAACUGCUUUAGAAAUAACUGACGUCCAGAAAGACAUUACGAGCUUUGUGUCACGUUAUGGCACAGGGACUAGAAUACCAGCCCCAUUGUCAUAUGAAGUGCUUCACAAUAAUACAACUCAGACGAAAUCCGUGGUUCCUGAAGUAGUACCUACAACGCCCAUCCCUUCUGCCGCCAAUACCGCAGCGACUAUUCAUUACGUAGAUCAUCAGCCUUUAUCAGCUCCUACUAAAAAAACUUCUUUGGAAUCGUUACCCGAAUCAGUUAGAAGGGGAGCAUCGGAAUCCAAUGCGACAGUGAAAAGCAUACCUGUCACCAUCCUAACCAAUCCUGACGAAGAAUUGAAAUCGGUCGAUCGUCAAUUGCAACGUUUGGAAGUACAUAACGCGUCAUCACCUCCAAGUGAAGAUGAAAGAAAUAGUUUGAUGCAAACAUCUCCUCAACAUUAUACAUUGGAUGAGAAACGUGGAAAUAAGGUUGAACAACCUACUCCAAUGUCAGCUCAGCCCUUAAGUGGUGUAACAAACACAACAGAUCAAAGUUAUGGUCCUGUCAGUACCGCCAUCAAAGAAGUUGAACAAAUAUUAAAUAUUCGCGGUUUCAGUAGCUCUGAUGAUAUCGCUUCUCCAACACCCGUCAUGAACACGCAUGAGAAUAUCGUCCCUAUUACCAAAAACGUCGUUAGUAACAGAACAUCUUAUGCUAAUAACACUCAGACGAUUCCUCCCAUCAUGACCGCUCGCUCCAUCACUUCUGAAAACGCCGGUGUCUCUCCACACCAUCCUUCCGGUGAGCACACGGAUGACUUUUCUUCAGGUAUCUAUGAUGCACUUGGACUCAAUGGUAAUCAACACACGAGUCAGUACGACUUGAACAACCACAAGGAACUUUACAGUCCUUCUGCUGUUAACCUUUCUCCCAUUUUAUCCUCGAGCACUCCCAUCGCAUCAGCAGAACUGCUUUCAAAUCACUCCAAUAUCAGUGCAGAAAGCAACAACUAUAAGAAAUACAAGCCAAUGCCCAAUCCCAUUUACACCAACAACAAUCUCAAUAUUUCACCUAUCGGAAACACCGAGAAAGAAAUUAUUUCACCAGAAAGUGUACCCAACCAACGUCCUGCUUUCAGUACACGUACAUCCUCUCUUUUGUUAUCCCCCAAACAAGACUUGAGCGAGAAUAAUAAUAAAUCUCCACUUAAUCUUCAUGUUACCAAUAACAAUGAUGAUGAUGAAGAAGAGGAUGCCGAGGAUAAGGCCUAUCACGAUAGAAUGCCUAGACCACCACCCAAGGACGAAAAAUGGGUCAUUUCAUCCAUUCGAAGACCUCAACAACUACCUGUACGUGCAUUGAAUGCCAAAAUGUUUGAUGGAACCGCUUCCAUCUCUCGAAAUAGUGUGAUGGGUCAUAUCGAUCAUGACAACCCUGCACGACCCGAAUCUGCUCCUCCCACUGCUACUGCUACUGCUGCUGCUGCUGCUGCUGUUGUGGGAGAGAAUCGUUUAGAAACUAUGCAUCAACCCAAGGUUCAUCGACCUGCUAUUCCGCUCACCAUCGAUAUACCAAACUCUGUCAAACCCACACCUGAACUCCCACAAACGAUUGCACAACAAGCCAUUGCUGAAGGCAGGAGAUUGUCUCAAAUGUCACCUAUCCAACAAAAGAUGGAUUUGAAUAAUACGGUAGCCUAUAAUCAACAACCACUGGAUCGUAAUGCUAUGCGAGGCUAUCUUGUUCAAAAUGGGUUGGAGGAUGGAGGGAUUCGUCCUGCACCUUGGCAAGAGGAAAUGCCGACGGAUGAUCGUAUGGCGUCUAAAAAUGGUAACUUUAGAGGAACACCCGCUGUCGGAGGAGCACCCGGUGAAUAUUACAUGAACGGUGGUGGGGGUACACCCAUGCCUCGUGUUUCUUCUCUUAAAAUCGCUAAUCAAGAAUACCAACAACAACAACAGCAGGUGGAGGAGGAAAACAAGAAACGGUUUGCAAAGAAUAAUACGAAACAAUACAGUGAAUCCUCUAUGAAAUCCAAGGAGAAAGACAACAAGGCAGGAAGAUUCUCGUUAGGAUUUUUCACGGGUAAUAAAAAGGAAAAGAAAAAGGAAAAAGAAGCUGCAGCUGCUGCUGCUGCUGCUGCCAUGACUGCUGCGAAUAUACCAAUUCCAUCUCAAACACCAGCACCACAACCUUUUGAUGGAAGUCGAUAUAUUGGUUAUGCAAAAGCCCAAUGGCCCUUUGAAGCCACGAUUGAUGGAGAAAUGUCCUUCCACGCAGAAGAGGUGAUUGGUAUUCUUGGUAAACAAAGUGACGGAUGGUGGGCUGCAGAACGUAUAGAUCCUGCUUUUGCUGGUCAAAGAGGACUUGUGCCCGGCAAUUAUAUGGUUGAAACUAUUCACCCAUAA